AUGUCGAUACUUCCUUGCUUAUCAGAUUCACCGCGAAGUUAUCAGUGAAUGAAUACCUAUCUAACCAUUAUCAUUUUAGAGUUUAAUUCGUGUUAGUGUUUCAAGAUGGAAAACAAUUUCCAAAGCAGGCAGAAAAUGAAUUUUUCGAAGUCUGAAGCGGAGUAUAAUUUGAAAUCUAUAAGAUUUCUUCUGCUCACAAUUACUACGAUGUUUAUAAUAAUAGCCGGCCUGAUGAUAGUCCUGGGUAUCUCCGUCUACUCGCAUUAUCACAGCUUCAACUACUUCUACGAGAGUGCCAAGAGUGGGAGAUUCUUCACGCCGUCAGUCCUCAGCGUUCUUCUAGGGUUGGGCCUGUUGGUUGUCACGUCAUUUGGCUUCUUCGGAACCCUCAAGCAGAGCACUUGUUUGGUUAAUAUGUAUGCUUUAAUCCUAUCGGUGCUCCUGAUCUUCAAGCUGGUGGUGGUAAUCCUGGCGUUUACGACCGACGCGGACCUGAUCAUGAAAUACAUCAACAUCCCCAUUCGGUCGUACGGUGAUCCUGAAAUUCAGGACGAAAUCGAUCGACUGCAGGUUUCGUUAAACUGCUGCGGCAGUACCUCGCUAAUCGACUACCGGGACAUGGAGUUCACGGCCAACCAGUCUACAGUGGUGACCACCAGGGAUAUCGAUGGUGAGCUGGUGACCAUCACGUUACCAGCGUCCUGCUGCAUCACGCCUGGAGAACACUUAUGUGGCAGGGUUCGGACCACGGGAUGCAGAGAUGCUCUGGUCAACUUGAUUGUCCAGAACGCCAGUGUUUUAGGAGUGCUUGGCGUGUCUGUCAUGUUUAUUCAGAUACUGGGCAUAACAUUCGCACUCCUACUGGCGCGCUGCAUACGCAAGAUGAAAAGCGAGAAGGCGCUUCAGCACUGGAAGGUCAAGGAACAGAUGAUCCUCGCUCGCCAGGCCGAUGGGAAGGGCAACUCUGUCUAUAUUAGCAAACCUGACUCUAGCGUUGCCUAAAAAAAGAAACAGCCAUAAAACAUAUUUAUAAGGAAAUCGGGAGUGCGGGAACAGCGCUUUAGUAUACGUAUUUAGUUAAUAGAGUAUUGACGCGUUGGUGGUAUCCCAUACUAAGGGCGUUUUCACACUACAUGUGAUCCGAGACCGAAAAUGCCGGACAGUAGAAAAUUACUAUGAGAUAUCUGUUCAACGAGCAAAUAGAUUAACGGCCACUUGACGGAUCCGUCAUUUGAGGGGCUCGGAUUGGAUGGAGUAACUAACUAGAAAUAUUUGAUUUUCUCACGCCGCAUCGCCGUCUUGUCUGUGCCCGUGCGUUCUAUUUUAAUCAUAAUCAAUUUAUUCGUUUCAAAUUGCGUGAACAUCCAAUGUUUUAUACUAGUGUCAUAUUCCUAUCACAUAUGUGUGCAGAAGAGCAGUGAAGUAUUUUAGAAUAAGAAUAUUAAUGUUGUCUAAGUAUGUUUAUUGUAGAUGUUAUCAUAUUGUUAAAAAAAUAAAAAAUAUAUAAAAAUGGGAGAUUUAUUACGACCUAUGAAUCGUCAGAUGAAUGUGAAUGAAGCAAGAGAAGUGUGUCAGGAUUGAAGUAAAUGGAAUAGACUAAAGUCUCUGCUUACCCCGGUGGGAAAUAGGCGUGAGUUUAUGUAUGUACGUAUGUAUGAAUCCUCAUUCCUCCUAGCCUUCUGUUAGCCUUACAUUGUAAUACAAAACUUACAUUGCAAUUAGCAAAACGACGUAAUUGCUUACCUAUCUAUAAAAACAACACCGAAGCUGCAAUUUUAAUGGUAUAUCUACUAUUAAUUGAAUAUUCUAGAAUUCAUACUGAUACCAUGCAGUAACUAGUAUAAUACUCAUACACAAUUGAAGGAGGUAACACAAGGUAAUGCUACAAGGUAAUGUACCUCCACCUAGCAGAUAAAUUAAUGACUAAUUCAGAAACUAUAAAAGAUACACCUCUUACAUGUUUUUAGAUUUAUUGAUAGGAAAGGAAUUAAAGUUACUUAUCAUACCUAUCACAGA